AUGGCUUCCUGCCGUGUGUAUGACCUCAGGGUGCUGGUGGCCAUUGUGUGUGGACUGCUGAUGGCCAUCGUUUUGGGACUGGGCAUCUGGAGGACUGUGAUUAAGAUCCAGACAGGAACAUCAACCCCCACAUUAAACACCGAAAUAUACCUCUGCAGUAAUGGUGGAACCUGGGAAAAUGGCAGAUGCAUUUGUCCAGAAAUGUGGAAAGGAUGGAGAUGUACAAUCCCUAAUGUCUGUAAUAACAGUACCAAGGAUGGUUUUACUUUUGACCAAAUUGCAGUGGGAAAAUAUGGUCCUUCCAAGCAAAAAUGUGGCGAGAACACUUUAAAUGCGGGCCGUGCAAUAGCUACCCGUCUGUGCAGUAUUUCUAUAUAUGGACAGAUAGUAUUAGGAAAUGUGACAGUAGGAAAUUGCAAUCAAAAUCUGGAGACCCUGGAAAAGCAGGUAGUCAAUGAUACAGCACAAUCUCUGGACAAUAUUUCUAGCGAAGCUCAGUUUUUAACACAUGAUAGUGAUAGCUUAACUGCUGAGAACAUCACUUCGGCUGCUAAAGUGGUCGGACAGAUCUUCAACGCAUCCAGAAAUGCUACAUCUGAGGCAAAACAAGUUGCUGUAACAACAGUGAGUCAACUUCUAGACGCUCCAGAAGAUGUUUUUGAAAAUGCUGCUGCAGUUGAUAAUGACGCUUUUGCAACGCUUAUUAAGGAAAUGGAGACUUAUUCCUUGUCUGUGGGUGAGAAGCCAGUGGUGAAACCUAAUGUAGCAUUACAGUCUGUUAAUUUGACUUCAUCAGGAACUACCCAUGUUCUCUUCUCUGUGAAGAAAGGAGCUAGUGAUUCUCUCAUUUCUGGUUCCACAACUGUGGACACAAAUGCGAACAACCUUAAUCCAGAGGCAGAGACUGAACUUCAAAUUUUUCUCAAUACCUCAAGAAACGUAAUGUGUGGCUUUGUAGUGUAUCAAAACAGCAAGUUUUUCCAAUCAAAAACUUUUAAAACUGAAUCAAAUUUUAGCCAAAAAAUUAUCUCAAGCAGUACUGAUGUCAAAGAUCAGAAAACAUCUGUUGAUAUUCUCUUUAAUCCAAGGUAUGACCACAAAAAUUUCCAAAUUUAUUCUUAUGCCUGUGUCUAUUGGAAUCUGGAAAAAAAGGAUUGGGACACAAAAGGUUGUCACAAACAGAAGGGCACUGAUGAAUUCUUCUACUGUUCCUGCAGCCAUACAACAAAUUUUGGUGUAUUAAUGAGUUUCAAAAAGAAUUAUAAAUAUCCUGAAUCACUAGACUACAUAUCCAAGAUUGGAUGUGCACUGUCCAUUACUGGUCUGGUCCUUACAAUUGUAUUUCAGAUUGUCACCAGGAACGUCAGAAAAACCUCAGUAACCUGGGUGUUCGUCAGCCUGUGCACAUCAAUGUUGAUUUUUAACCUCCUCUUCGUGUUUGGAAUUGAAAACUCCAAUAGCGUAAUAAAAAAUGAUAGUGACACCAAUAAGAUGGACUCUACUGAAAAUCAAAUACCCGCUCAAGAUACUGUUUUCAUCUCGAAUCCCACCUGCACUGUGGUGACUGCCUUGCUCCACUAUUUCCUGUUAGUGACAUUUACCUGGACCGGGAUCAGUGCCGCCCAGCUCUAUUUCCUGCUAAUUAGGACCUUGAAGCCUCUACCUCAACAUUUCAUUCUGUUCAUCUCUUUAAUUGGAUGGGGAGUCCCAGCUGUAGUGGUGGUUCUGACAAUAGGACUUAUUUUUUCUCAGAAUAAGGAUAGGCCACAUUGGGAGUUAAGCUACCGGCAAGAGGAAAUUUGCUGGCUGGCAAUUCAAGAAAAAAAUGCACUGGUAACUAGUCCAUUUUUGUGGUCAUUCAUCUUACCUGUGACUCUUAUCCUCAUCCACAAUAUUGUUGUAUAUAUUAUCAUCAUAGUCAAAGUGAUAUGGAAGAAUAAUAACAAUCUGACAAGCACAAAAAAGGUUUCAACACUAAAGAAGAUAAUUCGUAUGUUAUCAAUUGCAGUUGUGUUUGGAAUUACCUGGAUUCUGGCAUACCUUAUGCUAAUUGAUGAUAAUUACGCCAGACUUGUCUUCAACUACCUGUUCUGCCUUUUCAACACUACUCAGGGAUUGCAAAUUUUUAUCCUCUAUACUGUCAGAACAAAAAUCUUCCAGGAAGAAGCUUCCAAAGUGCUGAAGUCACUGUCGCUGUCCACUGGGAGAAUGAAGUCGAUGCCAUCAGCAGUCUCAGUGAGGCUGCGUGUGAGGAUGUAUGACAUGAUCAGAUCAUUUCCAUCCCUAAAUGAACACUUUAGACUGCUGGAGCCAUCUGUAAUUACAGAGGAAACUACACUCUCUGAAAGUGACCAAGCAAACCCAAGCAUCUAG